AUGCGCAAAUACUUUGAGGACGCCAAGCUGGAGGUCGCCACCACCAAGGCGCAGGUGUUUGGAUGGACGCCGGACAACGAGAUUGGCAACGGGCGCUGGGUCAUGUUUGGCUUCUUUGUGGGCAUGAUGACAGAGUACGCAACUGGGGUGGACUUCAUCCACCAGCUGGAGCAGAUCGUCAGCUACACAGGGCUUUGGGACUUUGAGUGA